UAAAAUUUUUAUCUUAAGUCGCUAAGACCAUUAGAAGGGUAGAAAAUGGAAUUGUUAUAUGUAAGUUACAAUAAAGACAACGUGAAGAAUUAAUAGAAUCAUCCUUGUGAAAGGCUUUACGCCGGACGUGAAUGUGUUCGAGGUGGUGUUCAAACAAAGUGACUUCAAGCACGUGGCGAAAGCCUUCGACCUCGCCGGGCACACGUCUGGAGUUCACGACUUCGGCUUCAGCGCCGAUACCAGUCAAAUGGCCACUGUGUCUAAGGACGGGACGUAUCGCUUCUACAAUACAAAAAUCGAGUUCGAGAAGGGAGAGGACCCGCAUUUAUUAACGACCGGAAACUGGGACACCACGACUCCGGCGAGCCUCGUUUUGUCUCCGAACGGGGAGGUUCUGGUGAUCGCGCAUGGAUCCUCCAUUUCGUUCUACUCAACCAUCACUGGCGCCUUGGAUAACACCAUAGACGACCUGUUCCUCGGGCCUAUAACGUGCUUGGCAUUCGAAGCUGCGGGGGAAUAUCUGUUAGUUUCGGGUGAUAAACACAUCAAGAUUUUUCGCAAUGUUACCGGAUAUCGCACUGCAAUAGAGUCCGCUAAGCGAAAGCUGGAGCUGAGACAGACGCAGGCAACGAGGGAGCGCCUUGAGAAAAUUAUUCAUGAUAACACGGAGUUCCUCGCGAAAAUGGGAGAGAAAUGUCCAUGACAUUGAUUCGCUCCCUUCUCUUUCGCCGCACGGUGCGCCAAAAUUGAUUAAAAAUAAAACUCUCUCUUCUCUCGAUAAACGCUUUCUCUCUGUAUCGUGUAAAUAUUGACAUACAAAUAUCGAGUAUUUUCUUCAAAUAAAAAUAAUUUUCAUAUGCUCAAUAUAUUUUUUAAGAGGUACAACUUUUAACGAUCUCUCAUCCCUCUCUGUGUAGAGAUCUCUUCUCAGGAUUUCUGUAGUUUUAUAAGACAAUUCCAUUAAAUAAGUCUCCAUAUUUAAAUAUCCAUACUUGUGGGUCUCAAGGAACUGUGAAUGACGUUAGGAAAAUGAAACUGGCCUUUUUUUCUUUAAUUUGAUCCUAUUUUUACUCUAUUCUGGCUCACUGUGUGCAUUCCUGAUAUUGCUCAGAGAAUUUAAAUUAGCAUUUUCUUUCACGCAACGUGAGACAAUAAAGGAACAAAAUGAGUACAAUUCUAUGCAUUUCCGCAAAGAUUUUCUGUAUAAAUUGUAAUCUAUUUUUUCGCGUAUAUAUUACGAAUAAAGUACGAUGGACAAUCAGAA